AUGAAACUUGUUAUUUACGGGACGAGCAGUACUAUUGCUACAGCUUUUGUUAUUCUUAGCGCAUUUUUGAAUAGAUCUAAUUUUUACGCAGCAUGCAUAUAUUUAACAGAAAAUAGUGCAUGUUUAAUAGUCUUAAUGAAUAUGGGUCUUUUCCUUACAGCGAUUAUUGGAAAAGGAAUUCAAAGGAUUUUCUUUGGGCCGUUACGUGCUAUAGAAAUUGAGCAUCUUUAUGAACGUGCUUGGUAUUCUAUUACAGAAACAUGUCUUGCGAUGACUAUUUUUCGGAAUAAUUUUGAUACACGAUCAAUUAUUGUUUUGGUUACAUUGAUUUUUCUGAAGACAUUUCAUUGGCUUUGUUUUGAUCGACUAGAAUUUACGAGACAAUCAGAAAGCAUACUAUUGAGACAGCAUGUACGAAUUGUUGUUUCUAUCGUUUUUCUAUUAAUUAUUGAUAUUCUUAUGACCAAAUUUUCGAUUAAUACAGUUCUUCAUGAAAAACCAAGUAUGAUGCUCAUGUUCGCCUUUGAGUUUGCUAUUUUGACAUCGACGAUUAUUGGUGCAGGGAUUAAAUAUAUUUUUAAUCUUAUCGAUUCAUAUCAAGAUAAUUGGGAAAAUAAAGCAUUAUAUAUUUUAUAUCUCGAGCUUUUUAUGGAACUUUUCAAGCUUAUAGCAUAUAGUAUUUUUUUCAUAUUAGCAUUAACAUUCUAUGGUCUACCACUUCAUAUCAUUCGAGAUAUAUAUAUGACUUUCAAAUCGUUUCUUGCUAAGUGUCGUGAUCUUAUUCGAUAUAAAAGAGUUACAAAUAAUAUGAAUCAACGGUUUAUAGAUGCAACAUUUGAAGAAAUUGCUGCUACUGAAGAUAAAACAUGUAUUAUUUGUCGUGAAGAAAUGGUUCAUUCAAGCAUAAAAAAGUUAGAUAAAAACAAUAAAUCACAAUCACGUAUCAACAGCACUCCUAAAAAAUUACCAUGUAAUCAUAUAUUACAUUUUAAUUGUCUAAAAAAUUGGCUCGAAAGACAGCAAAGUUGUCCUACAUGUCGGCAAUCAGUUUUAGAAGACCAAUCCAGGGAAAUAUUUAACAUAAAUAGAACCCAAAUAUUUGAUUUUUUACGUAAUUUAGCAAGAAGAAAUGUCGAGGCACCAAAUAGAAAUCAAGAAACAAGACAAAAUAAUAAUCCUGUUCCGCAAAACCCUGCUAAUUAUCAAAAUCCACAAAAUACACCCAUAUUUCCAAACAAUUAUAGAUUUUAUUCAGACUGGACAGUUAUUCCAUUAAUUAAUCAAAACAUUCAUUCAAUACAUAACAUAAUUAAUAAUGACAAUUCAGACACAUCUUUUUCAAAUAAUGCAGAAAACACUAAUAAAAAUAAACAAACAGAUUCUAAUUCAUCCUCCGAAAUUAAUAAAGGAAAAAAUUACAAAGCAUUUUGCCUAAACAAUGUUGACUCUAAUUUUCAAUCUGCAUUCCCAGAAAGACUGGAUAUAAUUAAUUUUAAAACACAAGCACCAUCCAACACUAUAUAUACAAGAGAUUCAAAUUUGACUAAAGUCGAUUCCACUUUAUUUGAUGCAGAUAGCAUAAAAAAAAUUGAAGAAAGCAAUAAACUACUUUUGCAGGCUCAAGAGAAAAUUUCACAGAGUUUACAAAUACUAAAAACUCAAGAACUACAGAAAAAUAUUGAAAGUAAAAGCCCAUCAAACACUGAUGAGAUAGAUAAAAAAUUAAAUAAAAAUGCCUCUUUAAUGGAAAACUCAUAG